AUGGGUACAGCCAAGAAGGAGAAGAACCGGCUUGUCCGCCAGGGCAAGACCGGCACCGGUAUGGACAAUGUCAAGAUCAAGGGUGAGAACUUCUACCGCUCCGCCAACAAGGUCAAGACCUUGAACAUGCGCGAGAAGGGCACCAAGGCCCAUCGUAACAAGGACGGAAAGAUUGUCGAGGCUGCUUCGUACCAGUCGCGAGACAUCCCGACCGCUCGCAUCGAGCCCUCGAGGAAUUGGUUCAACAACACCCGAGUCAUCUCCCAGGACUCGCUCUCUGCUUUCAGAGACGCCAUGGCUGAGAAGGCCAAGGACCCCUACCAGGUCCUGCUCAAGAGCAACAAGCUUCCCAUGUCGCUGAUUCGAGACGGUUCCGACACAAACGGCCUGAAGCAGCACAAGGCCAAGAUGGCCAUCGAGUCCUCCUCUUUCGCAGAUACCUUUGGGCCCAAGUCCCAGCGCAAGAGAGUCAAGCUCAGCGUUGGCGACAUUGCCGGCCUGGCCGAGGACACUGAGAAGAGCAUGGACAAGUACAAGGACAAGCUUGAGCAGAAGAAGCUGCUGAGUGGCAACUCCGGAGCCGACACGGGGGUCGCCGGCGACAUGCAGAUCGACGAGGAAGACCCCCUCACCCUGGCCGUCCAGCCAGUCUUCUCCAAGGGCCAAUCAAAACGUAUUGGAAACGAGUUGUACAAGGUCAUUGACAGUUCUGAUGUACUCAUCCAUGUUCUCGAUGCUAGAGAUCCCCUAGGUACUCGUUGCCGCAACGUUGAAAAGUACAUCAGGGAAGAGGCACCACACAAGCACUUGGUAUUCGUACUGAACAAGUGCGAUCUGGUGCCUACUUCAGUUGCUGCCGCUUGGGUAAGAACAUUGUCCAAAGAGUAUCCUACUCUUGCCUUCCACAGCUCAAUCACAAAUUCCUUCGGCAAGGGUAGUCUUAUCACACUGCUACGUCAGUUCAGUGGCCUUCACAAGGAUAGGAAACAGAUCUCAGUUGGUCUUGUCGGAUAUCCCAACGUCGGCAAGAGUUCCGUCAUCAACACUUUGAGGGCCAAGAAGGUCUGCACAGUGGCUCCAAUUCCUGGUGAAACCAAGGUUUGGCAGUACAUCACACUCAUGAAGAGGAUCUAUCUGAUUGAUUGUCCUGGUGUCGUACCGCCUAAUCAGAACGAUACCCCGCAAGAUAUUAUCAUGCGUGGUGUCGUUCGUGUUGAGAAGGUGCACAACCCUGAACAGUACAUUCCCGGUAUCCUGGCCAAGGUGAAGCAGCACCACAUGGAGCGCACUUAUGAACUCAAGGGUUGGACAGACCACAUCUCCUUCCUUGAGUUACUUGGUAGAAAGCUAGGGCGAUUACUAAAGCAUGGUGAGCCCGAUGUGGAUGGAGUAGCGAAGCAAGUCUUGAAUGACUUCAUGCGCGGCAAAAUUCCAUGGUUCACCCCUGCGCCCGUGGCCGAGGGCGAAGAAGGGCAGACUCGUGAGGGUAGAGAGGGAAAGCUUGGAGAGAUGCCCAAGAAGCGUAAGCGAGAUGAUGGCGAAAGCGUUGCUGACACAUCUCUCGCCUUGUCUGAGGACGUUGACGAUGAUGAUGAAGCCAUCACACAAGCGAAGAAGGCGGCUGUGGCGCAGACAAAGGCCGCAAAAGCUUCGGAAGAGGAAGAUAUGAUACCCUUUGAUGAGUCCAGUGAUGAAGAUGAUGAGGUAGACGGGGACAAGGAUUGA